AAUUCGUAUUUUUUCAGUCGUUCGUGUAUUUUAUAGUUCAAGAUAAAAACUAAACAUUAGUCUAAAAUGAAGUUACAGUAUUUACUAGUGUUCGUUUUUUCACAACUAUACCACGCAAGAAAUGUUUCUACUUCUGGAAGUAGUUUACGGAUUCCAUUGACAAGGGCGUCGUCGGAAUGGUAUCCGUAUUACGGUUCUUUCUCAAUUGGAACGCCACCUCAAGAGUUUAAAACGCAUUUUCAUACAGGAUCCUCCCAACUAUGGGUAUUCUCGAAAAGCUGCCAGUAUUCAGAAUGUAAAAAAGGUGGCGUUCAUCUGUAUGACCACGAAAAGUCAAAAACAUACAAACAACCAACAAAGCCUAAAUGUCAAAAAGAAGUUGUACAUGAUGAAGAAUUAGAGGUAGCUGGAUUUUGUUCAAGUGAUACAAUAACAUUUGCCGGAGUUGAACUCAACAACACAGAAUUUCUUGAAGUCACUAACAUCACACGGUUCCCAAUAAAUGAAUGCCAAAGUGUUUUUGGAUUAGGAUAUGAGUACUCCAGACCAUCCGAUAACAUUAUCACACAACUUUGCCGGAUGGUUAAUCGAGACAAUAAAUUUUCAUUCUAUUUCAAUAGGAAUACUGGUGGUGGUGAAUUAACGUUAUGUGGUAUAGACGAAUCAAAGUUUCGGGGUCCUUUGAAUUACGUGAAUGAAACUCAACCAUUCGGUAGAUGGUACAUUCCAAUUGAAAACGUUUCAUUACAACUUGGCCCAAAUCAUACCAAUGUGGAUUCAGAGACGACAGCCAUAGUUGACAGCAGCUUUCCUGGCAUCGCGGGACCGUUAAAACGUAUUGAGGCAAUAUAUAACGUUACAAACGCUGACAUGAGAACUACAAAAGUCGAUUGCAAAGAUAUCCCGAAGUUGCCCAGUGUAACAUUCGAAAUCGCUGGAAAAAAAUACACACUUGAAGGAGAAGAUUACACUUAUAUGGAGUCUAAAAACGAUUAUUCUACAACAGAAUGCCGGAUGGGUAUCUUCGACGGUGACACGUCAUGGACUUUAGGACGUCCUUUCCUCCGGAAAUAUUACUCCGUUUUUGACAUGGAUAGCCACGCGAUUGGAUUUGCCGAAAGCAUGCAUAGGGCGGCCAUUAUUGUUCAUCUUUUUUAAAAAAUCAACGUUUUUAUGGGAGGGACCCCCUAAAAAUAUUCUUCUCGAUAAAAUAUAAUGAAGUCCCAAACUCGCGUCUCAAAGCGAUCAAGGUUGCGUUACACCUUAAGCGUGUCUAUGUUCUCGCCCAAAGCCACACGGUGGAAUACGUUUCCACGCAACUCGAAAAACUUUGAUAUGUAAAUUUUCCACAGCAUUGUCUAUUAGAAUAGAUCGAGCUACCAAUUUUUUACUGCUGUAGUUGUAAAUAGACAGGUUAUUUUACGUUUUAAAUCGUCCAAGUAUGUACCUAGUUUAAAAUUUCAGAAAUAAAUAUCCGACCAUACUAACAAAAAAACGAUGAGGCUUCCUUAUUCGAAUAAGAAGCAUGCGACCCCACAUUUAUUUACAUAUUUUUUGCCUAUGUUAAUCAAUUUAUCAAAAUAUUGAAGUUUUCCAUAAAUUUUACGAGCUUGAAUUGAUUGAACAUUGAUGCCUUAUAUUCGUGAGAAGGUCUAGGUUUUGAAGACUGGCAAAGUAGUUUCCACGUUGCAUCGGAUUUAUUCCACGUCGACGCACUCAUGAUAUUAUGCACCUUCAAUCGCAUUGAGGCGCGGGUUAAAAUUAUUUUUACAUUUUGAAACAUUCAGGGUAUUUUUAUUUCAUCCGAAUUAAUAUUUCAAGGGGGUACUCCGAUGAAACAAUAAUGUUUGAAAAAUAACGACCGCUGUGCUCAACACUGAUUAAAUAUCACAUUACUCAAAAAGAGCAUAAUCAGUAGUGUAAAAUCAACAUCAAAGUCGUACAUACUAAUUUGUUUCACUUUUUACAUUAUCGUUUACAUUAAUACGCAUACACAUCUACAUUUUAAGCAUUUUUAUUUUUUAUUAUUCAAUUAUUAAUCUUUAU